AUGGCAUUCGCUGAAAACAUUGCAAGUGCACCUUCCUCUACCUGUCCCCAGACCAAGCAGUCCGGCGAGACCAGGCACGGCUGGACGCCACCGGAUAGUCCAACAAUGGGGUCGGUUAUGCCUCAAGUUACCAUGGAGGAUCUUGAGCAUCUCUUUGAAGUGCUUCAAAAGGUGUUGUCUGGUCUUACCGCAGGUGAUGCCGGGAGUGAGAGGGCUACAGGGCCUACGUCUAGAAACUGUGAACCUCCAAACACUCCUGUCUUCCAGCACCUUUCCCAACCAGGCCCCGACAUGGUUCAACUGAAGCAGUUGCUAGUGAAGGUCAUCCAUGAUGGGUAUCCUUCAAUUGGAACCAUUGAGGCAACUAAGCCUGCUCAGUCUUGUUUUGCCAGCAAUGAACAGGAGGAGAACGCUCAGGCGGCGAAGGUAAUUGAUCUUGAAAGUCCGAUCAGUACUACUCCAGACGAUUUCAAAUCGUUUGAGAACUGGGCAUCUUAUGCGUCGACACCCCAAUUCAAGACAGUCGUGGAAACCUGGGACAAAGAAGCAUGCAAAUACAAGAUUGCCGAGCCAACGGAGACCAGCAGUGACCUGGGCGACUAUGAUGAAUAUAUCUUCGUUAUCCGUGAACGUGUUGAUCGAGCAAACUAUCCUGUUCUACUUCCUCCCGGAGCUCGAGGAGUGCGCGCGCUCUUCAAGCCUGGCUCUUAUGUUUUUACCACGUGUUUCGGAUCAGGGGAGCCGCGGUGCGUUAUAUUCGACGCCGGAGAAGAGACGACCCAAGACGACGUGGAAUUUUACAAGCUCGAGUGUCGGUUCCUUGAUUAUGAUAGAACCAAGUUUGGGAAGGUAGGCGUCUUUUUGCGUAUUCUGAAGUUCCGCGGGUCGAAACCAAUUAAGACUCUCGAAGCUUUUCCUCUCCACCUUUAUCCGAGUCACCAACGAGUCCGCAAAGACCUGGUAGGAAGAGGUCAGAAGUUCCGUGAUUUGGCCGGUUCGCACGUUCAAUACUGUACCGGCAGCGCGUUCUUUAUGAAAAACGGGAAGCCCUUCAAAAUAAACAUUAAUAGUCGAGUGGGAGUUGAUGCCGCAUUUUUCCGAGAAAUGCAGCCGAAUUACUCCCGACCCCGGCUCCACGAUAUCUGGGCAAAAGAAAAGGAGGGCAUUUCAGUCAUUAAUUUGGAUACACUAUUCGGUAAUAACCGUGAGCAAGAGAAGGAAAGAAUGCAAGAAGGCAACGUGGAUGCGCAACAAAUGAGCGAGGACGAUUUUUUGAUCUGUUGUCCCACUGUUUGCUGCUUCAGCUUUAAGGAGAAGAUGUUCUUGGAAUGUGCGGUCGGUGCUCUUGGGGACGUGCAGUGGUCCCCCGAAUCGUUCGACUGUCUGAAGAUUCCGUCAAAGACCAAGACACUCCUCUCGUCACUGGCGAAGACCCGCCUCGGCUUGGUGCCAGCCGUGCCGUUUGACGAUGUGAUCGAUGGAAAGGGCCGCGGCCUCAACAUCCUUUUGUAUGGCCCACCCGGUGUUAGAAAGACCUUUACCGUCGAGGCAACUUCGGAGCGGUUCAAUCUCCCUCUCUAUUCGAUAUCGGCCGGUGAACUUGUUGUCGAUCACGGUGAUUCCAAUGCGCUUGAGCAGCAACUUGAGAACAUAUUCAAGAUUGCCAAGCACUUUAAGGCCGUGCUUCUCUUAGAUGAGGUAGAUGCGUUCAUGGAGCAGCGUACAUCUUAUCACGAUACCUAUAAUCGCCUCGUGACCGUUUUUCUCCGAAAGCUAGAAUAUUAUCAAGGCAUUCUUUUCCUAACAACGAAUCGGAUGAUCCAGUUUGACGAGGCAAUCAUGAGCCGCAUCUAUUUGACUAUUAAAUACGAGGGUCUGACAAGGGAGUUUCGCAGAGAGAUCUGGAAAAACUUAUUGUCCAAAGCACAAACGGUUCAAGGCCCUGCUAUGGUUGGCCACGAUGAGUUGCAACUGUUAGACAACUUUUCUCUGAAUGGGCGAGAGAUCAAGAACCUUACUUCCAUUGCGCACGCACUUGCCACGGUCGGGGAAGAGCUAGUGAGCUAUAAAUAUCUGGAAAUAGCCGCGGAAUCGAAUGAGAAACUUUCGGAAAAGUUCAGUCAAGAGAGUCGUGUUGAGAGCAUGUAUGUCUAG